GAGAAAAUUGUUUUUAAAACAAUCAAAGCAAUCAACAAUAACAGCAACAACAUAAAGCAAAGCCAAUGACCUAUAAGAGUUGCUAAAUAUAUCGAGCAACAAAUCGCAAGAUUUAAAAAAGGAAAAACUAUCAACCAACAAGCAACAAAAAACUCUAACAAAAUGUGGUGCAUAUGCAACUUUGCGAAUGGCACACAACAGGCUGUCAAAUGGGAUCCCAAAGCGAAUGGACAAGAGUGUCUGGAGAAGGUUCUCAUGGCCUUGGGGAUUUUCUGUGAAAUGGAGUAUUUCGGACUAGAGCAUUGGACACCAAAUCAAAAGGAAUCGUCUACUCGCCAAUGGAUCAAUCUACGCAAUCGUUUAUCCUAUGAUAGUGGCUGCAGCGGCGGUAGCAAUAACAUCCCCUUGAUGUUGGCCUUGCGUGUCAAGUUCUGGGUUCCCGUGCACUACAUCCUUCAGGAGAGUGUGCGCAAUUUGUUCUACAUGCAGGCUAAUCGGGACUUACUCGAGGGUCGUUUAACAGUCAACGAUUGGAGUAGUGCAGCCAAAUUGGCAGCGCUCCUCUGUCAGGCGGAUGGCCUGCGCUUCAAUGAGUCCUCACUGCGGGCAGAGUGUCCUUUGCGUAUGCGCAGCGAACUGUCAGCCCAACAGCAAUUGCAACAGCAACAGGCUCAGCAGGCCCAGCAGGCUCGCCUGGAUCAACAGCAGCGCAAGGAGAAGGAACAUGUGCUGAGUUUCAAGAAGCGUCGCCUGUCCAAACAGAAAUCGGUAGAGCAUAUCGAAUGCUGUGCCACAAUUAGUCAACAACCUUCAACUUCACCCUCGGCUUCACUCUCCGCUUCUGUAGCCUGCUCCUCCUCCCAGUCCACAUCGAGCUCCAGCAGCUCACCCAGCGCUAGCAGCAGUCAAACCAAUUUGGAAGAACGUUUGGCCACCAAUCCCCUCUGUGUGUACGAGAAAUAUGUUAUAGUGCCGGCAGCGGAAAGUGCAUCGGAGAGGGAAAUACCCAAAGAUUUUCUACGACAAAUUGCCAUCGAGCAUGAGAAAUUGCAUAAACUGCAAAUGUCGGUAAAGUCAGCAAAAUACGGUCUACUCCAGGAAAUCCAGGGACUCAAUGGUUACGGCGAGGAAGUUUUCAGCGGAGUGACAACCAAUGAGCAUGCCACACGCUGUGACAUUGCAGUAGGAGCACAUGGCAUCACGGUUAACCGUGGGGGCGAAAAACAAAGCAUUCCCUUUGGAGCCAUUACUGCUGCCAAAUCUCUGAAACGUAGUUUCAAACUGGAGUACAUCGAUGAUCAUAAUGAUCGCAAGGAUCUCGAAAUCAAGUUACCCAAACAACCACUUGCAGCUGGCCUGUAUCGCUCGAUAACGGAACGACAUGCAUUCUAUGUGUGCGAUAAAGUGCGAGGAGUGGUCACAAAUCAAUUCACCAGAGAUCUCAAGGGCACCAUUGCCUCCAUGUUCAACGAGGACACCGAAUUGGGCAAGCGUUAUGUAUUCGAUAUCCAGCACACUUGCCGCGAGGUUUACGAUCACGCAAGACGCAUAUUGCAUGAACGGGGCGGCGAUUUGACCGCGAAUUCGAUUGAAUUUCAUGGUGGAGCUGGUGGUGGUACUAGCUAUGGUGCUGCAAUUGGUGCCACAAAUGACUUGACCAUUGGCCCUGGCGCUGGCGCUGGUUCCAUGGCUGGCAAGAUAGAUUUGGCCCUACGCGAAAAGGAAGAACGUGAAGCAGCGAUUGAGCGCUGCGUGGACACGCGCAUAUCCGAGGCAAUGCAAUGUAAAAUCUGUAUGGAUCGCGCCAUCAACACAGUGUUCAAUCCAUGCUGUCACGUUAUCGCUUGUGCCGAAUGUGCGGCGAGGUGCCGCAAUUGUCCCAAUUGCCGUGUGAAAAUAACCACCGUAACCAAAAUCUAUCUGCCACCGGAGCUACGCACCAGCCAAACUGGCAAUGGCAGUAACAUCAACAGCAGCAGCAACAGCAACACCACCACCAACCCCACCAACAAAUGUAAUCCCGGUAAUAAUAACACAGCCGAGGAUCACAUUGAAUUGCAGGAGAUCUCGGUCAGCAAUAGUUCAACAGAUGCGGCAAUAGCUGCCACAAUUGAUGGUGCUCCUAUUCCUGGACAGGCCAAAGAUGCAUCAGAUGCCUAGAAUUGGUUGUGCUCGCUGCUAUUCCGGCUGAUGGAAUGGGUGUGCGUGCCGAUUGUCUGAAUUGACCAUAAUCUCUUGUCCAAAAUUCAAAUCUGAGCAACAUGAAACAAACAAGAAAAGCGAGAAACAACAUUUAACAAAACAAAAAGAAUAUA